AAUUUCUGGUAUUGGACUACUUCCUAUAUCGCCAAAGAACAUUCAGAAUCACUAUUCCCUUAUCGUUCUCGAAAAUUGCAUCGUCAUCUAUCUUACAUUGAGAUCAUUCUUAACAUUUGCUUAUUGAAGAUCGAAUUCCAUACUCACCAUCAAUUUGAUAACAAGUUAUAUCUAAAUUUAUUCAAUCGCUUUCCCAAUCUUUUCGUUCAAUGGCAGAGGACUCUGUAACAGCUGUAGACUAUCUUGAGAGCCAACUUAGACUCGAGCGAGAGGCUCGUGAGUUGAUGCCAUUUGAGCCGGACGAAUGCACGUUUGAAAAAGGUGAAUUGAGGCAACCAGUUUUCGCCUGCUUGACGUGUUCAAAAGAAAACAAUGAUACUCCCAUUGGAGUAUGCUAUUCUUGUUCUAUCCAAUGUCACUCUACUCACGAACUUGUAGAGUUGUUCACUAAGCGUAACUUUACUUGUGAUUGCGGUACCACAAAAAUGGCCAAAACUAGCAAUGGAGCUUGUCAGUUGAGACGGAAAGGCAACGAUGUUGUGGGAGUAUCUUCAUUCAGAUCUUCUUCAAGAAGAUUCUCUUCUACUUCUGCUUCAUCUGUGCAUCUCGAUCUACCUGCUGAGGAUAUCCCUUCUCUGUCUAACAUCUAUAACCAGAACUAUAUGGGAACGUUUUGUUCUUGCAAGAAGCCAUAUAACCCCCUUGAAGAAACUGGAAAUAUGAUUCAAUGCUACUUUGGCUUUGUAUGUGGAGAAGACUGGUACCACGAAGAAUGUAUCUUAGGGUACGAUAGAGGAACCUUCAAGACUAAGAAACAAAUGACUGGUGGUAACAUUUUACACAAAUUAGCUGAACCUGGUGAAGAAGCUCUGGUUGACCAACUGUUUAACACAACAGCUAAUGAAAUGAAAGUUCCUCAUUUCCCAGACUUGGAGGAUUUUGAAGUAUUCAUCUGUUGGAAAUGUGUUGAACAGUUCAAGUUGGUUUUUGAACUAAUUGAAGACGAUAAAGAAAUUGUAUUCAGUAGGCUUCCUCAUUUCAAUGGAAUUCUGUCUGAAUCUGAGUGGGAACAAUUGUACUCUGAGUUCAUAUCAUCUAAGACUGAAGAAACUACUUCGAAGAGAAUAAAGCUUGAAACUAAAGAAAGUGGUACAACACCUUAUUCUCUUUUCUUGACACCUAAUUUCAGAGAAAAAUUGAUUCUGUUGACAAAAAUUCUUGACAAGGACUCCUCCUUGUUGAAAUUCUUACUAAAUCACGAAUACUUGUACUUGGACGAUCCAGUAUUUGAACCACCAGAAGAAGCUCUUUCCAACGAUGGAGCAUCCUCGGCUACUGGAUCUUUACUUGAUCUCGGAAGCGCUGCACUCCUGUCACUUCCAAGAGAAAAGGCUAUUGAAGGUUUACAGGCCUAUGACAAAAUAAGGUCUAAGCUCAGGGAGUUCUUCAAGCCGUUUGCUGAGAAAGGAGAAGUGGUAGCAGAAGAUAAAGUUCGUGAGUUUUUCGCAGCUCUCAAGGAUCAGAAAUAACUAAUGAAUGAAUCGUGAAUUAAAUAUUUACAAAUGUAUACUAUAAUAUUGC